GUCAGGAGGGCAAUUCCGUAAAUAGACGAGGCAACAAAUUGGUUGAUACGCUUCUCUAUGAGGCCAUAAUUACAACACCAUUUUUACCGACUUUUCUCUCCCUACAAAUUCCAACCCUUCACCUCACCACCACCCAACUCACUUCUCUCUCUCUCUCCACCUCUCCUUUACUUUCUCUCUCUAGAAACCAAAAAAAUAAUCUCUCAUUUUCGAUUCAGAAGAACAAAAACACACGAGAAAAUCUCUUUCUUAUAUCAGUAGAAUUAAUAAUUAAAAAAAAUUAAAGCUUCUACAGCUUGUUAAUGGCGCAGAAGACGGAGAAGGAAGAGACGGAGUAUAGCAAGGUCGUACCUGAGACGAUCUCUCUUUGCGUCAAAUGCGGCGUCGCCGGUAACUGCGCCACCAAUAAUUUAUGUCACACCUGUUUCAAUAGCACCGCCCCUGCGGCGGCGGCGGCCGCCGCCGCUGCUGCAGGCGGAGAUAAAUUACCAGCUGCAAGCCACGUGUUUGUGGAGAAAUCGUUCAGAUCUAGCUCGUCUGUUAGGUUAUUGCCGGAGAAGAGAAUCAUUCCGGCGGAGACGAGUCGAGAUCUGAGGAAAUUAGAUGAUUCUCCGGCCGCGGAGGCUGCGCUGCCGCUUAAGAGAGAGGUGAAUCGGUGCUCCGGUUGCCGGAGGAAGGUAGGUCUGACCGGAUUCAGAUGCCGGUGCGGCGAUCUCUUCUGCGCCGAUCAUCGGUACUCCGAUCGCCACGACUGCAGCUACGACUACAAAUCCGCCGGACGAGAAGCCAUCGAGCGGGAGAAUCCAGUGGUCAAAGCCGCGAAAAUCAUCAAAAUCUGAUGACCGGAAAAAAAAAACGGCGAUUUGAUUGGAUAGUUGGUUCUCCGGCGAGAGGGUGGAGGAUUUGCCGUGAUUAUUUAUGAAAUUUCUCUCCACCACCGCCGGAUUGUUGUUUGAAGAUGAAUAUCGUUUUAAUUAUUUGUAUGCCGAUUGAUUGAUUAAGGUGUUGUUUCAGAUAAAUUAUCAAAAAGAUUGCAACUCUUCCCCCUUUCUCA